AUUCCUUGCGGCCAACCAACAUGGCAGCGCACUAUCGCACAAGAUUUUGAGGACGCAAUAUUUGAAAGUUUUCCCUUUUUGCAGCCAUGUUAGCUUUGUUUACUGUCAUUUCCUUUCUUACGGGCUCUUUGCCUGCCUCCGACACUAAAGUCCCUCCGGAUGUCCACAGUCCCACUGAAAACUAUCUGCUGUGGAUGUGGAACAACAGACUCUACGUUUAUUCUGCUGCUGCGCUGCUGCUGGGUUUCUGCUUCCUUCUGCAGGUUACACGAAGGAAGAUAAAUCAUACAAAAGAUUCUGGUUCUAAGGAUUCUGGUCUGAAGGUUCAAAAAGCUGCAAAAAACGAAGUCAGCUCAGAUGAAGAUGCUGAUGUUCAUGUUUCAGGGGUUAAAAUCUUCUACGGCUCACAAACUGGGACAGCAAAGGGUUUUGCCUCAGAGCUCUCACAGGAGGUGCAGGCUCUGGGUAUCCCAGCGGAGGUGAUGGACAUGAAGGACUUCGACCCAGACGACCGACUUGCAGACGAGUGCGUCAGUAAGUCCGUCUGCGUGUUUCUCGUGGCCACGUACACGGACGGACGGCCCACCCAGAACGCCGAGUGGUUCUGCAAGUGGCUGGAAGAAGCGUCCACCGACUUCCGCUACGGCAACUCCUUCCUCAAGGGGCUCCGCUACGCCGUGUUCGGCCUCGGCAACUCCGUCUACGUUGGCCACUACAACACGGUGGGAACAAACGUCGACAAGUGGCUGUGGAUGCUGAGCGCCAGGCGAGUGUUGAGCAGAGGAGAGGGCGACGGCAACGUGGUGAAGAGCCGACACGGCAGCGUUCAGGCCGACUUCCGGGCCUGGAAGGUCCGGUUCCUGAGCCGCCUCAGGGCUCUGGCCAGAGGGGAGAAGAAGAGCUGCAGCGGGAACUGCAAGAGCGGCGCUUCCUGCAAGAACCGGAAGAAGCACGGAGCGCCGGAGGAGGAGGAGCACGGAUCCGAGGUGGAGCUGAUUGAAUCCAGCAGUGAGGAGGAAGAGUCCGGCUGGCCGGAUGAGAAAACGUCGCGCUCUGUGGUCGACGUGGAGGAUCUGGGCAACAUCAUGAGCAGCGUCAAGAAAGCAAAGGGUGUGAAAGGGGAACAAGGAGGCCAAAUGGUGAAACUGUCCAAACACAAUGGAGUGAUGAAGACUGAAGAUGAAGAGGAGAGGAGGGAGAUGAUCACCCCGGCUCUGAGGGAAGCACUGACCAAGCAAGGUUAUAAGUUAAUUGGAAGUCACUCCGGAGUGAAGCUUUGUCGGUGGACAAAGUCUAUGCUGCGAGGGAGAGGAGGUUGUUACAAACACACGUUUUACGGCAUCGAGUCGCAUCGCUGCAUGGAGACGACGCCCAGCCUGGCCUGCGCAAACAAAUGCGUCUUCUGCUGGAGACACCACACCAACCCGGUUGGCACCGAGUGGCGCUGGAAAAUGGACCCGGCAGAGAAAAUCCUGCAGGAUUCCCUGGAGAAGCACCAGAACAUGAUCCGGCAGUUCAGAGGCGUCCCCGGGGUGAAGCCGGAGCGAUACGAGGAGGGUUUGGCCGCCAAGCACUGCGCCCUGUCCUUGGUAGGCGAGCCAAUCAUGUACCCAGAAAUCAACACCUUUCUUCGCCUCCUCCACUCUCAUCGCAUCUCCAGCUUCCUGGUCACAAACGCUCAGUUCCCAGAGGAAAUCAGGAACCUGGUGCCGGUGACUCAGCUGUACGUCAGUGUGGAUGCCAGCACCAAGGACAGCCUGAAGAAGAUUGAUCGGCCUCUUUUUAAGGACUUCUGGCCUCGUUUCCUCGACUGCCUCAGGGCUCUGGGAGAGAAAAAGCAGAGGACGGUUUACCGACUGACGCUGGUGAAAGCCUGGAACGUGGAGGAGCUGCAGGCCUACGCCGAGCUCAUCGCUUUGGGUCAGCCCGACUUCAUCGAGGUCAAGGGCGUGACGUACUGCGGGGAAAGCUCGGCCAGCAGUCUGACCAUGGCGAACGUCCCCUGGCACCAGGAAGUGGUCGCCUUCGUCCAGCAGCUGGCUGACAUGCUGCCUCACUACCAGAUCGCCUGCGAACACGAGCACUCCAACUGUUUGCUCAUCGCUCACAGUAAGUUCAAGGUGAACGGCGAGUGGUGGACUUGGAUCGACUACGACCGUUUCCAGGAUCUGGUCCAGGCUCACGAAGACAGCGGCGGACAGCAGACCUUCUCAGCCUUGGACUACACCGCCAAGACCCCCAGCUGGGCUUUGUUUGGGUCAAACGAACAAGGGUUCGACCCGGCCGACACGCGCUUCCAGCGGCGCAACAAAACCAAAGAUAUCUCUGGGUGCUGAUUCUGAAGAUGAGAAUGAAUUUAAAGAAACAGUAAAAAUGAAUAUCGGCUUUAUUGUUCGGCUUUUCCCUCUGGCUUUGUUUGGAUCUUUAAAUGUAUUUGCAUCGCAGCUGGAUGAACAGAAAAAUACCUUUUAUUGUUUCUUUUUUUAAUGGAUGUACAUAGAUGGCUCAGUUUUUAAUCUCCUUAAUUUCUCGUUGUUAAACCGGAUUGUCCUCCUUUAGAAAAAAAAAUGUUCCAGUUCCUCUUGCUCUUCCUUUCUGCUUGUACUUUUUUCUUAUCCCUAAUUUCAGUUUAAAAGUUUCAUAGUUUUUUUGUUUUUUCAACUCAGGGUCAGGAUUUUUCAAAGCAUCCCUCUGGUGUCAGAGUUUUUAUUUCCCAGUCAACGGCUGUCAAAAUAUUUACAAUAAAUGGGUUUGAAAUAAAAAUGUGAAAAACUUU